GAAGAGUUUAGGAUUGUUUAGUUGUUCAUUGUUUUCAAUACACUCAACAGUGUUAAACAGGAAUAAAUUUGGACCAUGGGAAGCAAGAUUUUAGUUAUUCUGGCUAUCUCAUGCCUCUCGUUUGAAAUUGUUUCAGCUGCUACAGAUAAAGUUGUAUGUUACCAUGGAUCCUGGUCUACAUACAGAAGCGGAAAUGGAAAAUUUACCAUCGACGACAUUGAUACAUCUCUGUGCACCCAUCUAAUUUAUGCAUUUGUUGGUAUAACUACGAGUGGUACCAUAGAUCUAUUGGACUCGUACUUAGCAGUAAGUAAUGGAAACCUCGCAAGCUUUAGCGCUUUGAAAAGUAAGAAUUCUGCUCUAAAAACACUUGUAGCUGUAGGAGGUUGGAAUGAAGGAUCUGUUAAAUAUUCUACAGUAGCUGCUUCGGCAACAUUGAGAGCCACAUUUAUCCAGGAUGCGCUCGAUUUGGUUCAAACAUACGGUUUUGAUGGUUUUGAUAUAGAUUGGGAAUAUCCUGCACAACGUGGUGGUGCAUCAGCUGACGUGGAAAAUUAUGUGACCCUUAUCAAGGAGUUCCGUGAAGUCUUCGAUGAACAUGGUCUUUUGUUAACAGCAGCAGUAUCAGCAACUGGGUCAUCCGUGGAUCUUUCAUAUGAUGUUCCAGCAUUGUCACAAUAUUUAGACCUGAUAAACGUAAUGACGUACGAUUUACACGGAUCUUGGGAUGGAGUUACAGGUCAAAAUGCUCCCCUUUACGCAUCAUCCAUUGACACAACUGACAGUGCUAAGCUUCUUAAUGUGAAUGCUUCCGUCUAUGGAUGGAUUGAAAGAGGGGCAGAUCCACAAAAACUCGCUCUGGGUCUAGGAAUAUAUGGAAGAACCUUUACCUUAACAAGCUCCUCAAAUACCACCCUAGGCGCGCCGACCAGUGGUGCCGGUAAUUCUGGACCUUAUACUUUGGAGGCAGGAAUGUUGGGUUAUAAUGAAAUUUGUGAGUUACAACUUGAAGGAGGAUGGACUACAGAGUGGGAUGACGAGCAAAAAGUACCUUAUACUUAUAAGGACGACCAAUGGGUUGGUUAUGAUAAUGCCAGGUCCAUAGCUAUAAAGGUAAAUUAUGCCAAAUCCUUGAAUCUUGGUGGUGUUAUGAUCUGGUCCAUAGAAACAGAAGACUUCUUAGGAUUAUGCGGAACCAAAUACCCACUGCUCAAUGCCAUCAACAGUGCCUUGGGAAUUGCUAACGAAAACAUAGAAGAACCUUCUGUUGAUGAUGAAGUAGACGCAGAUACUGCAGAUGAUGCAAACAAUGGUACAUCUGUAGAUGAAACUGCUACAGAUACUAACUCCACUGCCUCUGACAACACUGCUUCCGACAAUGGCUCCAGUGACGGAUCAAGCACUAUUACCUGCACAAGCGCUGGAUACGUCAGGGAUCCAUCAAACUGCAAUAUAUACUACUACUGCCUUAUUGUUGGAACCACUUACUUGCCGAUUGCUCAGCAAUGUAGUGCCAAUCUGUACUUUGACGAAACUAGUCAAACAUGUAACUGGCCUGAAUUAGUCAGUGGUUGCUAAAUAUUUUUGUAUACAUCUUUAUCUUGACAUUACAAAUUUGUUAAAAAGAAAUGUAUAAAAGAUUGUUGUUUCGCUGAUUUUUCCUUUUAAAUUAGCUUAUUUAUUAUACAUAAUAUCUAUAAUUUUAACAAACCCAAAGUUAUUGGACUUUAAUUCCACGUAAGAAUUAAAAUAUAAAUACAUCUCUAAUAAAAAAAUUUAGAAAUU